AAAGCGGAUGUAUCCUACACUAACAGCACGGAUGCACAUCAGCCACAUGACACACUGACGGUGGUUGCAGCAACAAGAUGUUUUACACACAUUCAUCAAUUAGCAUGACUUAACGUCUGGCGCGUUGCCUUCCGGUUGAACUUGUCAAAAUGGAGGAGGAGGAGCUGCUUCGCUCUUUAAUGUUCCUCAUGACUUACAUGCUGAUGAAGCGCAGGAGAGACAUCAACAACGCAAACGUGCAGAGGCGCAAUGAGAUCCAGAGACGCAUCAGACAUCGGCAGUACUUCUUCCAGAGACAGAGGAGGAUGCUCAUGUUGAUGAUAGCAGGAGGCAUCCGCUCCAAUGUCCGCAUCCGCACACGCCCCUGGACCACCACUCCGAGCACUGACUGGUGGGAGCGGGUGGUGAUGACAGAAUUCCAGCCAUCCGAUUGGCUGGAUAAGUUCCGGAUGAGCCGGGAGACGUUCUUCUACCUCUGUGAUAAGCUGAGGCCCCGUCUGGCUCGCCAGGACACCAGCUUCCGCCUGGCGCUGCCGGUGGAGAAACGCGUAGCGGUGGCUCUGUGGCGUCUGGCGUCCAACAUUGAAUACCGCACCAUAAGCACCCUGUUUGGCGUGGGGAAGUCCACCGUGUGCAGGUGUGUUAGAGACAUGUGUCACGCCAUCGUGGCGCUCCUCGGCUCCAUCUACCUGCGGUCCCCCAGUGAGCAGGAGCUGGAGGAUUCAGCCCAGCUCUUCCUGUCCCAUUGGGGCUUCCCUCACUGCGUCGCUGCCAUAGCAACACUCCACACGGCUAUCAUCACCCCAUCGAACAACGCGUCUGACUAUGCCAACCCUGCUGGCUGGCUCUCAGUGCUGUCUCAGGUGGCUGUUAGUGGCCGGGGGCAAUUCUGGGAUGUAUGUGCCAGUUUCCCGGGUGGGACGGACCCAGCUGACAUAUUACAGAACUCAUCGCUGUGGGCCACGGCUGCAGAGGGUGGACUGUCGCCUGACCCACCACCUAUCUUCAUGGGGAAACCACUCAGGUAUGUGCUGCUGGGGGAGGCCUGCUACCCUCUCCAGAGCUGGCUAAUGAAGGUCUACCCUGAGGAAAAGGGCAGGAGGGCAAGCCACGCAGCACUGACAGAGCCACAGUGGCUCUUUAACCGGCAGCUGAUCAGAGCGCUGCGUGUCCCUGAGGAGGCGCUGCUGAGGCUGAGGGCGCGCUGGCAGUGCCUGAGCAAGAGGAACGACUGUGGACUGGACGUGGUGCCCACCAUGAUUCUAGCUUGCUGCAUUCUGCACAAUAUGUGCGAGUCCCACGGCGAUGCCUUCAAGGCAGAGUGGCAGGAGGAGGUGGCCGAGGCAGAGAGCCCUCAGCCCGGCCACAAGCAGCUCCUCUCAACCAGUAUGGACCAAAGUCACGCUGAGGAGGUCCGACAACUCUUCUGUGACUAUUUUGAAGAGCAGAACAAUUAAAAUAAGCUUCCUACACAUAAAGACUAAUGUUACUGAAAUCCUUACAGUUACAUACUUUUAAUUGAACCUAAAUAAAGCAGAGAUGGACAAGUUAAAGCUUAGGCUGAUUUAAAAUAACCUCAAUCUGCCAAAUUAGACCUCAGCCUGUGAAACCAAGUCUGAGGUGUUCCAAAAUCACAAUAAUAAUGGGAAAAAACACUUUUGAUUUAAACAGGAAUGUGUGUUUACUUUGGUGCCACCAUGUGGCUAAUCUUAACAUGUGCCCCACUAAAGCAAUAAAGUAUCCUCCCCCCAUUUUCCCAUCAAA